ACCACUCUCUCACCAGUCACCACCAGCACAAGAUGGCACUUGUUAGACAACGCCGUAACCUCAACCUCCGCCUCCCCUUGCAGGACUCCGCCGACUACCGCCCUCGCUUCACCCUCCAACUCCCUCCUACUUCACUCUCCUCCGCCAUCAUAUCCGCCGGCGUCGCCCCCUCCACCACCACCAUAUCACAAGAAGUCGACCGCCUCUCCGAUCUCGAGAAACUCAAAGUCCUCGGCCACGGCAACGGUGGCACAGUCUACCAAGUCCGCCACAAGCGCACCUCCGCCAUCUACGCACUCAAAGUUGUCCGAGGCGAUUGCGACACCACCGUCCGCCGUCAGAUCUUACGUGAGAUAGAGAUCCUCCGCCGUACCGACUCCCCCUUCACCGUCAGAUGCCACGGAAUUUUCGAAAAACCGUCAGGCGACAUCGCAAUCCUCAUGGAGUACAUGGAUGCCGAUACACUUGAUACCCUCCUCAAAUCCAACGGAACCCUCUCCGAACUCUCACUCUCCAGCAUUGCUCGACAAGUCCUUAACGGUCUUAAUUACUUACACUCUCAGAAAAUCGUUCACAGAGACAUCAAACCUGCAAAUCUGCUUGUGAAUCAGAAGAUGGAAGUCAAAAUUGCAGAUUUUGGAGUCAGCAAGAUCAUGUGCCGUAUGCUCGAACCCUGCGAUUCUUAUGUGGGUACCUGUGCUUACAUGAGCCCUGAGAGGUUCGAUCCAGACACCUACGGUUCGAAUUACGACGGUUACGCUGCGGAUAUCUGGAGUUUGGGGCUUACGCUAUUUGAGCUCUAUGUGGGUCAUUUCCCCUUCUUGACUCCAGAGCAGAAACCCUAUUGGGCUACGCUAAUGUGUGCCAUAUGUUUCGGAGAACCACCAAGUUUGCCGGAAAGUGCUUCGGAGGAAUUUCAGAACUUCAUCAAGUGUUGUUUGCAGAAGGAUUCGAGGAAGAGAUGGACUGUUUCAGAACUCUUAUCACACCCCUUUGUCGUCAAAGAUCAAAAAUCUGAAAAUUAAUCAGAAAUUAAAU